AUGGGAAUCCAUUAUUUGAAGAAGCUGAACGCCGCAAAUGUUCCCAAGGCAUUGAUAGAGAACGGUCAAAAACGUGUUAUCGAGGCAUCCCUCACUCUUAUCCGUGAGAGAGCAAAGCUCAAGGGGGAACUGUUACGAGCUUUGGGAGGUGUAAAAGCUUCGUCAUCUCUACUUGGAGUUCCUUUAGGACACAAUUCUUCAUUUCUACAAGGGCCCGCAUUUGCGCCUCCUCGUAUAAGAGAGGCUAUUUGGUGUGGGAGCACAAAUUCCUCAACUGAACAAGGUAAAGAUCUUAACGAUCCGCGUGUCCUAACCGAUGUUGGUGAUGUGCCCGUUCAAGAAUUACGAGACUGUGGUGUAGAUGAUGAUAGACUUAUGGGCAUCAUAUCCGAAUCAGUGAAGUUAGUCAUGGAACAAGAUCCAUUGCGGCCUUUGGUUCUAGGGGGAGACCACUCGAUUUCCUUCCCUGUGGUGAGAGCUGUCUCUGAAAAACUCGGUGGGCCCCUUGAUAUUCUUCAUCUCGAUGCUCAUCCAGACAUUUAUGAUGCAUUUGAAGGGAACAAAUACUCUCAUGCAUCCUCAUUUUCUAGGAUAAUGGAAGGCGGUUAUGCUCGUCGAUUGUUGCAGGUUGGAAUCAGAUCAAUAACAGAUGAAGGCCGUGAGCAAGGUAAACGGUUCGGUGUGGAGCAAUAUGAAAUGCGCACAUUUUCAAGGGAUCGCCAAAUGCUCGAGAAUCUGAAACUCGGUGAAGGUGUAAAAGGGGUAUACAUAUCGGUGGAUCUUGACAGCCUCGAUCCGGCAUUUGCUCCAGGAGUGUCCCACAUCGAGCCAGGUGGCCUCUCGUUUCGAGACAUUCUUAACAUACUCCAAAACCUUAAAGGCGAUGUUGUGGCUGGCGAUGUUGUCGAGUUUAAUCCGCAACGGGACACAGUUGACGGCAUGACUGCAAUGGUUGCAGCUAAACUCGUUCGAGAACUCACUGCUAUGAUAUCAAAGUGA